GGCAUGUCGUCCGUGGGAUGGAAGGACGGCACAGUCGAAAUGCGAGUGCCUCGACCGACGCCACUUUCAGACCCUGCGCAAACUCAUGUCCAUAUCAUUACGCUUUAUAUGGGAAGCAAUGUGUGCAUUAUUGAGCUGGCGAGAGCUGCCAUAGUCGCCUCGAUCAUUCUUCACUUUUUCUCUGCACGACCAAUAUGCCAACCUGGCGUACGCAAACUCGACGGAGUUCGAACUCCGAUCCGAAGUCGAACACCGAUAGCAACGAUGUCCCGGUCACUGCUGAGACAUUGACCAACGAGAAAGUACCAGAGUCUGUCGUUCGCGAGGCAGAAUCUGCUGUGCUUCCGAACGAAGAGGCUCAACGAGGUGUCCAACAGGCUGAAGCCAUCACCUUGACAUGGACAAAGAAGUCUUUAGGCGCAGCAUACACACUCAUGUGGUUGUUGUAUCUUGUUAACGCAUUCCAAGCCUCCAUCACCAGCAAUCUGUCGGCGUACAUCACCAGCGACUUCGCCGCGCACUCCUUGAUUCCUGUCAUCGCCGUCGUCUCCAGUGUCAUGGGCGCUGCGACUUACAUGCCUUUGGCAAAAGUCCUGAACCUGUUCGACCGUUCGAUCGGAUUCAUCGCCAUGGUCGCUCUCGCAACGCUCGGCUUGAUCUUGAGUGCGGUAUGCACCAAUAUCGAGACCUAUUGCGCUGCGCAAGUCUUCUACAGCAUUGGUUUCACGGGCAUGAUCUUCAGCAUCGACGUCAUCACCGCCGAUACGUCGUCUCUUCGCGAUCGAGGCCUGGCAUAUGCUUUCACCAGCUCACCAUACAUCAUCUCGACCUUCGCCGGACCGAACAUGUCGCAGGGCUUCUACGAUCUUAAUUGGCGAUGGGGAUAUGGCGCUUUCUGCAUCAUCCUGCCUGCCGUUGCAUUGCCGAUGUUUCUACUCCUGAGAUAUAACCGCAACUUGGCGGCAAAGGCUGGAAUCUUGCCCAAGAAGGAGACAAGUGGGCGGUCGUUCGUACAAAGCGUCCAGCACUACGUUGUCGAGUUUGAUGUUCUGGGCACAUUCCUGCUUGCAGCGGGUCUCGUCUUGUCUUUGCUUCCAUUCACCAUCGCCGGAGCCGCCGCAGAUGGCUGGCGUGAGAGCUACAUCAUUGCCAUGCUUGUUCUUGGUUUCGUAGCACUGGGCGUCUUCUUCUUGGUCGAACGAUAUGUGGCAAAAGUGCCGUUCCUGGACUGGAAGGUUUUGACCUCGCGCACGGUUCUGGGUACCUGCUUGCUCAGCGUUACCUACCAGAUAGCGUACUACUGCUGGAACGGCUACUACACCAGCUACUUGCAAGUUGUCUACGGCGUCAGCAUCACUACCGCCGGUUACAUCAAUAGCAUCUUCGAUGCGGUCUCAGGCGUCUGGCUUUUCGUCGUCGGCAUUCUCAUCCGCAAGACCGGCCGCUUCCGGUGGCUCCUGUAUUUUGCAGUCCCGCUCUACCUGCUUGGAGAAGGACUCAUGAUCUACUUCCGCAACCCAUCGGUAUCUGUCGGUUACAACAUCAUGUGCCAGAUCUUCCUUGCCUUUGCAGGAGGCGUGAUGAUUAUCGUCAUGCAAGUCGCCGUCACUGCAUCAGCCGAUCACAACAACGUCGCAGCAGUCCUUGCAUUCCUCGGUGUUUUCGGAAACAUCGGUCGUGCGAUCGGUAGCAGUAUCUCCGGAGCCAUUUGGACCCAUACUCUGCCUGACGCUCUUCAACGCCUCCUACCGGAGUCCGUCAAUGCAGAUUGGGCAGUCAUCUACGAAAAUCUCGAAGUGCAGCUCAGCUACGACCUUGGAUCCCCCGAGCGCGAUGCCAUCAGUGCCGCUUACGCCUAUGCACAGGAACGAAUGCUGAUUGCUGGUACCGCAAUCAUGGCGCUGGCGAUAAUCUGGGUUGCUGUAAUCAGGGACAUCAAGCUCACCAAAGAAGUGCAGAAUAAGGGUGUCUUGUUCUAGACAACACGAGUGAAGGUCACAGCAAGUUUUAUUUUUUUCACGCGUGCUGUAAUUACUUCCCAUCCUUAGUAUCUCGCGUGCUACCUGACUAUAUACCAAGCAAUUACGAAAGGACUUCAAUCGUCUGAAGGAUUUCUUCACAACAAGUGAAGACGCGAGGCAUGGGAUUUCCCCUUAUCUGUAUCGUCGCCCUACCGAUUUGCUGUACGCGAGUCGCGCAGACAAGAGUGCGCUCUGCUCAGUAGACGAUCGACCGAGAAUGAUCAGGUUUGCUACGUUCAAGACAGGCCUGUGUCGAAAAUAAUGAUACGUUCCAAGAGAUCGAUAGCCCUCGAGCGAGUCUUGAUUAUCUAGGCG